AUGCCGGCAUCAUUAUCAAAAAAACAAAAUGAGUCAACAGUUUUAUUAUCGGUCAUAUCUGCCAACACAAUUUUGACAUAUUCUGCAAACAAUAUGAACCGAUCUAAAUAUCCAAUUGAAGAUAAAUCAAAAACUUUUAAAAAUUAUGACGUCGUGCAAAAAGUUACUUCAAAUUGUGCAAAUAAUAAUAUUUAUGCUUUGAAAAAAGAAUUCAAUUAUCACGCUUCUAUUAACAAAAUAAUACUUGAUGUAAUACACUAUGAUGAAAAUAACAAGUUUGAAAGAAUUAAUCAAGUUGAUCAUAUAUUCGACAAGGCAAUUUCAAUUGCAUCGGAUUCGAAAUCACCAGGAAAUAUAUAUUGGAUUGAAAAGAAUGACAAUACAUAUUCAAUAAAAGUUAUAGAUGAAUCAUUCGAUAAAACACAACAAAAAUACAUUAUUAAUCCUACUGAUAAAAUUGAAAUGAAAAAACUUCAAAUUUAUAAAGACAAAAUAUUUUUCUCAUCUGGUGAACGUCUUUGGUAUACUUUUAAUUCAUUUAAUAGUACUGCAAAUUCACUAUUUCCGCUUUCAAAAAAUUUUCUACCGAUACUUGAUUUUAAUAUUGACUAUGCAACUGAUAAACUUUACUGGACUGAACAUCCUAAUGGUCAAAUAACGACUUUAUAUUCUAUUGUCAUUGGUACAUCUGAUCUACCAUUAAAAACAGAUGAAAUUCAUAAAGAGAAUCCAAGUGCAUGGUUUGGAUUAAAAUUCGUUGUAUUUAAUAAUACAUUUUAUGGGACUGUAGCGUCAAGAAAAUAUAAUCCGGAUUUGUAUCGUAUGAAUGGCAAUGAGGAACCAGUUGAGAUAGAUGAGGUAGAUGCGAAAGGAUCUAUGUCUUUUAUUUUUUCGAGUUGUCCAUCAACAGGUACUCAAGAGAAAGAUGCAAAAAAUAACCAAGUUCUUCACUCGAGUACUGAAAGUGAUAGACCAAAACAAAAUCAUAAGCAGCUUCCAGCAACACCCGAUAACCAAAAUAACUCAACAAAUGUUUUAUUACUCUUAACUGAAAGCAGCAAAAUUUUAACAUCACCAUAUUCUACAAAAGAUUUAAACUUAUCACAGUAUCAAAUCACAGAUAAUCAAUCACUUCCUAACAGUUAUGAAAAUGCGUUAGAUUUUACUUCUACUUGUGCAGAUAAAAAUAUUUAUAUUUUAAAACAAGACAUUGACGACAUAUUCAAUUAUAUGAAAAUAGUGCUUGAUGUAAUACGCUAUAAUAAAAAUGACGAAUUCGAAAAAAUUAACCAAAUUGAGAAUAUGUUUGAUGAAGCAAUAUCAAUUACAUCAGACUAUAUAACAGGCAAAAUAUAUUGGAUCGUCUCAAAUGGCUGGCAAUCUUCAAUAAAAUGUACAGAUAAAUCAUUUAAAAAAGCAGAAUACAUUAUUCAUCCUACUCCUAAAAUUCAAAUGAAAGAAAUUCAAGCUUAUCCAAAACGCAGCAUAAUAUUUUUCUUAUCUCAUGAUGGACAUCUUUGGUAUACUUCUACUUCACCGAAUAGUACUCCUAAGUUACUAUUUCCGUCUAUGAAAAAUUUUCAAAAUAUUAUUGAUUUUACUAUUGAUUAUCUAACUGAUAAAUUAUGUUGGGUUGUACAUUUCAAUAACGAGUAUUAUUUAUUUUGUGCUAGCAUUGGUAUAUAUGAUCGUUCAUGGUAUUUAAAUGAAAUCGUUACAAUUGCCAAAUUACCAAAACCAAUUGAUAAUUUUGUAGCAUUAAAUAAUACAUUUCAUUGGACUACAUAUGAGAAUAAUAUGCAAAAAUUGUAUUUUAAAAAUGGUAAUGAGGCAGCUGUUAAGAAAGCUGACUUACAAGAAUCUAGUUUAUUAUCUAUUGUUGCUUCAACUUGUCCAUCUCCAGCUACUCAAGAGAAGGUAAAAAAGAACUAAGAAUCUAAGAAGCAUAAUCUGUUUGAUUAAAAAAAAAAAAAAUUUUAUUUCUUACAACA